AUGCAGAUUGUAGCGAAACCGGCAAGAAGAAUCCGCACUGUGGAAGGUUCGUGUUGGGCGUGCAGGGAACAUAGAGUUAAGUGCAAACUUCAAAAGCCCAACUGCUCCAGAUGUUUGAAAAAGGGACUGUCUUGUGAGUAUGGCAAGUACAGACUUAAAUGGGGAGCUAUUGUCGCUCCAGAUAAGUUUGGUCAGAAAAAACGUUCAUCUGCGAGCCAACAGGAAGCCAAGCUUGAAAUUAUGUCGCUUCCGCUUCCACGCUUCAAUUCCGACAGCAAGAUGAUGUACUUCCAGAUGAUCAUCUCGCCGAGACUGACUGCCAGGUCCGUCCCUUGGGAUUACGAUAGUCUCAAAUUUGCUUCCAAAGACACGUUGUUGAAGGAUCUUAUCGAUGCUAUGAGCUGUGCUCAUUUUAUGGUACAGACUAAGCAGGAGCCUGAGCUAUACAAAUCUAAGCAGAUUGCACGAGUUUCAGCUCUCAAGAACUUGAGCUCGAUAUUACAGUUGGAUCCCUCAGCAGAAUCAAAAAUCAACCCAACUGCUAUUUUCAGAGGAUCCGUUCUUCUGGGACUUCUUGAUGGGGUCAUUGAGCCGGACUCAAGCUCGUACAGGCCCACCCAACACAUCAAUGGUGGCCGUGCCAUAUUGGAUAAGUAUAGAGACCAGAUUACAAACAAUACGGCAGUCACUCUCAAGGACAAAGUGAACGCAGAAAUAAUGUCUGUAUUUGCCACGAUGGACCUAACCUAUUCGCUUCUGACCGGCUCGUCCCCAUAUUUCAAACCCCAAUUUUGGUUUGAAUUUGGUAGCUGUGAUGCUUGGUGGGGAAACGUUGAUCAAUCAGACCCGUUUUUGGAGAUCAUGAGUAUUUUAACCACACUCGCGGUUCUGGGUCAUUCCAUGAAGACAAGUCAUAGACCACCAUCAAUGGACCAACUCUUGGAGAUUCAGGAACGUCUCGCCCAGUUCAUUCUCCCAGCGAGGUCAGCACAGGCCAUAGUGAAGACCUCUGAAAGAUCUUCUUUUCAAUCAUGGUCCUGUUUCUGUUCAGCAUAUGCCAACACGGCAAUGAUCUACUGCUUGCGUGCAUUGUGGUCUUGCACGCUGGAAGAUGACAGGGUCCAAUGCGCGGUCUCCAUGUUUGUGGAUGACUUGAUCUCAGCCUCCAAUGAUACUUUGCAGCACUGUCUGCUGUUCCCAUUACUGAUAGCAGGCUAUCACACCCAGGACACUAGACAACGGGACGUAAUUCGGUCAAGUUGUAUGACUUGCUACGGAUAUCUAUUUUUUGGAAGUAUUCGUCUCAUUAUCGAGUUCUUGGAAGAGAGAUGGGCAAGGUCAACUGAAAGGCUUUCAGAGGUGAGGAUAGAGGAUAGCUUGAAGGUCAAACUGGAAUUUGAUCUCGAGCCUUUUCCUGAAUUUGCAGAGGAAGGGCCUACGACGACAUGGUGGGACAAUUUUGAAGAAUUUGGUAGGAAGACUUUUGUGUUUUAG